UUGGGAUGCACGGACGGGCAGACCGGGACUGUUUCAGAAGAGACAGGACUGACCGUCUUGAUCGGCGAACGGUUUACACAUUGGCACCGCUUGAUGGGGUACGAAACUGAGAAGGGAGCCUUCUCUUUGCAUCCCCCCCCCUUUGCGGCGCGCCGCCGAAAGCAGCAUGCCGGCGCGGGCGCUGCGGCCAUGGCGCCGCCGCCAGCAGCGGUAGAGGAGGGCCGUGCUCGCCGCAGCGCCGCGGGAGCGGCCGCAGCCUCUGCGCGGCCCGCGGCUGCUCGCCUGCCGCGCCCAGCAUGACCUGCGCGUACAGCGAGGCCAGCCUGCUCUCCGGCGAGGAGGGCGGCCAGGACGCCCCGCGAGGCGAAGGCCUCGAGGCCCGGUGGCCUCGCCGCCGCCACUGGGGGGCCUGCCGCGCCGCCGCCGCCGGCGCGGCCGCCGCGGGCGCCGUGGGCGCUGCACUCCGCUGGGGCGGCCUGGGCGACCGGGUCGGCAGCGAGGUGCUCUCUGCGCGUGAGGGUGGGCCGGCGGGCGCGGCGCCGGGCAGCUUGCUGGGCGGCUGGGACACCCAGGUCCGGCCCAAGAUCCACUGGGACAGCGAGAGCGACUUCGAUCCCCAGGGCCUCUUCGACGAGCUGGCACGGAACGAGGGCAUCGUAGGAGAGCCGCGAUCGUCGCGACCCCGGCGGCGCAGGUCGACCCCGGCGCGGGCCGAUGCGGCGCCUGCAGUCGUGGACGAGCGCGUCGCCUCGACCGUUCUCGGGGCACCAGCGCCGCCCGGCGGGCCCGCCGUGCUGUGGCCCCGCCAGAACAAGACCCUCUUGCUCAUCGGCCAGGAUAACGACAACAUCGAAGGUUACGUGGACGCCUUCGGGACCCCGCCAGGGUUUAGCGUGUACGUCAUCAUCGACGACGUGCAAAGCGGGAUCUGGGGGCCAGGAAAUUGGGGUGCCGGGAUGCUGUGCGCCGAAUGCCUCUUGCAGAAGCAUGGUCAGGGCGUUGCGUUCAACCUGGCCGUCGACAUAGUGGACAAGAUCGACGACGUUGUCGCUGGGGUUUGGGACGACAACAUCAGGAGCAUAGCAGCUUGGGUCAAGACGACGGGCGGACCCGUGUACAUGCGCCCAGGCUACGAGUUCGACGGCUCUUGGAACCACUUCGAGCCGACGGCGUACAGGCUCGCCUACCGGCGUUUCGUCGACCUCUUCCGGGGCGACAACGUCACGAACGUGCUUUGGGUCUGGCAUUCGGCCGUCUGCCGCCAAAACUACGGGGGCCAUGACCGCAUGGCAUGGUACCCGGGAGAUGGUUACGUAGAUCUGUUCGGUGCUUCGGUCUUCACCGCGCCCUACCCACACGGGCAUCCGUACAAGAGUCACACACCACAAAAUCUUCAGGACGUCAAGGAUUGGUAUGAUGUGGCGGCCGCCAAGGACAAGCCUUUGGCGAUCGUGGAGUCGACAGCGCGCGGCUACGACAUGGCCCUGAUGGAAUCAGCUUCUGCGUGGAAGAGUUGGUUUCAGCCCAUGUUGGAGUUCAUAGAGCAGAACGACGUGCGCCUCUUCGCGUACAUCAAUUGCGACUGGGACAUCCAGCCCAUGUGGAAAGGGGGCAGUUGGGGCGACACUCGCUUGCAGGCCAACACGAUCUUGUCACAAUUGUGGACGGAUGAGAUGGGCAAUGCAAGGUGGCAUGACGCGCUCGGCGAGCCCAGGACAGACUGACACCGCGUCUCUCCAGGCGGCAGUCUUUUCACACAGGCUCAUCGCUUACUUUGGCUUCGCGCUCUCAUCGUGAGCGCACCUGACAGCUGUUCCGGUAGCCUCUCUGGACAGCAAGAGGCCCCACUUGUACAGGUCGCCGGCGAUGCCCGCUGAAGCUCGCAGGCUGGUGGCGUGCCCCCCCCCGCCCGUGUAGACUCGCGCGUGGGCGCACCCCUGAGGGGAGUGGUGCGCCGUGCUCGAGAGAGGAGUCCCUUCUCCAGCACGGCGCAGGUGCUUGAGAGGGGGGGGGCCUCUCAAGCACCUGGUGCCUCCGACCCGACGCCGGGUAUGUUUUCACAGCGGGGGCACCCCCCGAGCUCUCGUCCCCGCCGUUCUCUCACGGCCCUAGGCCCAAAGGCGGCCCUGCUCAGCCGACAUUUUUUGACAACCGCGCACUUCAGGGACAACGUUCGGGGUGGAUUGGCUCAGAGGAAGAUGCUUCGACCCCCAACCGCCCAGUCUGUGCC